CUCUCCUUUUUUUUUUCAGUAUUCAGUUCAUUUUUGGCCCCCGUUGGCCUGUUACUACAGUAUCAGUUUUCUCUCAAUAUUAAAUCCCCACACCUUCCCAGAAGCACCCCCACCAAGGCCCUCAACAUAACCCUCCAUUUCUUUUUUCUCUCUCUUCUAUCCUCUUUCUCUUUCCCUUGGUUUCUAGUUAGUGUAGUGUCUUUGGCAGCCAAAUUUAGGUGGAAGGAAAAUGCCAAGUUCAGGGUCAUUUUUGAGGCAGUUAAGUGGAAAAGAAGGUUGGAAAUCAACAUCUUGGAGGUGGGGAGGAGGGAACAGCAAGUAUAACAAUGUUGGUGGGAACAGUUGUGGUGGGUUUGAGACAAGUUUGACUCAGAUGGAAGGGCUUAACAUGUAUGGCAAUGGGGUUGAUAAUGGGUUGGUGUUAAGGAAGAGAGUGAUGGUUGUAGUGGAUGAGAGCUCGCAUUCUAAGCAUGCAAUGAUUUGGGCACUCACUCAUGUGGCUAACAAGGGUGAUUUGCUUACUUUACUUCAUGUUAUUCCCCCAACCCAAAAGACUUCUUAUUCUUCUUCUUCUUCUUUUUCUCCUUACCUUGCUAACUCUCUUGGGUCACUUUGCAAGGCUUGUAAACCUGAGGUUGAAGUGGAAGCACUGGUAAUCCAGGGGCCAAAGCUGGGGACAGUGAUGAGCCAAGUGAAGAAGCUUGAGGUUUCAGUGUUGGUACUGGGUCAAAAAAGGCAUUCUCCAUUUCUAAGCUGUGUUUGUGGGAGCAGCAGCACAGAGGAGUUCGUGGAGCGGUGCAUCAACAAUGCAGAUUGUUUAACCAUUGGGGUUAAGAGGCAAAGCAAAGGCGUGGGGGGCUAUCUUAUCAGCACCAGAUGGCAGAAGAACUUCUGGCUCUUAGCUUAGCUUAAUUUUCCUUUAGGCAACUAAUUAUAUGGUCCUUAUAGUUAAGACAUGUCUAAUAUCAUCAUGUGCAUGCUGUAAUAAUAUUAUUAGCUUGCUGAUCUUAGAUUUACUAUUCCCCUGAUAUAAAAUUAUUACUGUAGUUGAUCUCCAUUGAUAUAAAAAUCUAUGACUUCCUUUGAUUGAA